GCGCGGGGCAGGCUGGGGCGUCUCGUCGGCGGGAAACACUGGGUUGUAGAGCCGGGAGGCGGGUGCCGUCAGGAUGGUAAAGCUGACCGCGGAGCUGAUAGAGCAGGCGGCGCAGUACACCAACGCCGUACGGGACCGAGAGCUGGACCUCCGAGGUUAUAAAAUUCCUGUCAUUGAGAAUCUAGGUGCUACCUUAGACCAAUUUGAUGCUAUUGAUUUUUCUGACAAUGAAAUCAGAAAACUGGAUGGUUUUCCUCUGUUAAGAAGACUGAAAACAUUAUUAGUGAACAACAACAGAAUAUGCCGUAUAGGUGAGGGACUUGAUCAGUCCCUACCCUGUUUGACAGAACUCAUUCUCACCAACAACAGUCUUGUGGAACUGGGUGAUCUGGACCCUUUGGCAUCUCUCAAAUCACUGACUUAUCUAAGUAUUCUACGAAAUCCUGUAACAAAUAAGAAGCACUACAGACUGUAUGUAAUUUAUAAAGUUCCACAAAUCAGAGUACUGGAUUUCCAGAAAGUGAAACUUAAAGAGCGUCAGGAAGCAGAGAAAAUGUUCAAGGGCAAACGGGGUGCACAACUUGCAAAGGAUAUUGCCAGGAGAAGCAAAACUUUUAAUCCAGGUGCUGGUUUGCCAACUGACAAAAAGAAAGGUGGGCCAUCUCCAGGGGAUGUAGAAGCAAUUAAGAAUGCUAUAGCAAAUGCAUCAACUCUGGCUGAAGUAGAGAGACUGAAGGGGUUGCUGCAGUCUGGUCAGAUACCUGGCAGAGAACGCAGAUCAGGGCCCACCGACAAUGGUGAGGAGGAGAUGGAAGAAGACACAGUCACAAAUGGGUCUUGAGCAGUGUGACCUGCAAAUCUACAGGAUGUGGAAUAAUGCCAUCUUGGGACGAGUCUUGCUCUUUGAACAUGGAAUAGUCUUACUUGGGUCUGCAAAGUAGAAUUCAUAAGCAUUGAUGAAAUGCACAAAACUGUUGCUGGUCAUUUUGUAAUGUAAAUUUUUGAAAUCUAUAAAUGUCAGUUUUCUACAUAUAGUAAAUUAAAAGACACUCAGUGUGCUGCCAA